UUUCUAAGAAGCUUGUUUCAAAAUGCAUUUACAUACAAAUACUGAAAACCACUAAUACGGACUUGCUUAGUCAAUUUAUGAGCGCUGGAGGAUGGAAUCUCAUUCAUACAUGGCUUACUGAUGGCAUUCUUGCCAAGAAUUGGGCUCUCAUUCAAGAACUUCUCGAGCUUCUACUGCUUUGUCCAGUAGAUAUUGAGCGGUUGAAGAGUAAUAAUUGUCCAAAGUUAAUCAAGGGUUUAUCGAAAGAAGGUAGUCAUCAAGGUGUUCGGACAUUGGCUAGUCGACUUGUAGAGCAGUGGCUGAAAAUUGUAAAGGGAGAAGCGGCGCCGAAUUCGGUGCCGGCUCAAAUAAUGACGGUUCCAAUACAAUCGAAUGCUACUAUUGCUCAAACCGCGACUACUCCAUCAUCACAACAACAGCAGUUGCAGUACUCUGCGAACACUCCGCAAAUUGUAAAUAUUACUGAAACUGCAACUAUUCACGUACAGGACUUGAAGCUCGAACAACAAUCUACUCAAUCUACUGUGAGUAUUCCAAUAAAUCAACAAGAUUCAGAGAAGCAACAACAACUGCUGCAGGAAAGGCUACAACCGCAAGUGGUACAAAUUGUUGGCAAGGUUCAGCAAACGCAAGUACAACCGCAAGUAACACAACAACAAUGUAAAAAACAAUCCUUCGUCGUUGUACAAACGUCGACAACGACAUCUUCAACAGCACCACUGCCUGUUUAUAAGAUUACUAUUCGCGAUGGCAAUCAGGUUCUCACGAAAGUAGAAACAGAUGCCGCGAAUAUAAAUAACGCCCUAAAUACUAGUACGAGUACGGAUAGUGAACAAGUCUUAAACGUUAAAGAAGUUAAGGCAGAUUCGGAAGAAUUAGACGAGACAGAAGAAAAUGGCAGUGCGACUACCGUUCGAGACGAUGUAGUAGAUGUUGUACAAUCAGAUGAUUCGGGACACAUUUCUAGUGAAGUGAAACAAACUCUAGUUAGUUCUAAAGAUAAUGAGGAUACUGAAGGUGCUAAAAGCAAAGACAUUAAAGACUCUAAAGACAUUAUUAGUAGUGAUAGCGGUAAAUCUAGUGAUAAAGAAAAUAGGGACUCUCAUAAAAAAGACUCUGAUAAAAAAUCUAGUAGUAGUUCUGAUAAGAAAAGUAGCAGCCAUCAUCAUGGCUCAUCUUCCUCUUCGUUAUCGUCAUCAUCUAAAAGUUCUAAGCAUGGCACGAGUUCCAGUGCACAUCGUAGCAGUUCUACAUCCCAUAAAUCUAGUAGUCACCGUUCAGGUUCUAGUAGUAGUAGUAGUAGUAGUUCUAAAAGCUCCAGCUCUAGCAAAGAUAGGUCUUCCAAGGAUAAGGAUAAACAUCACUCUAGCUCAUCCAACAAGCAUAGCUCAAAUAGGAAUAAAUCGGAGCGAGACAAGGAACGGGAUAAAGAAAAAGAGAAGCAGAAAAAGGAUCAAGCUGAAAAGGACAAGGCAACUCUGGAAAAGGUACAAGGUGUAGCUUUGAGUUCUAAGAUGGGUAAGAUACCGAAGAAGCGAAUGGAAGAUGAGAAAUCAGGCGAUACAAGUGGAAGGAAGGCUUCAACCGAAUCGCGCGAUAGCUCGAAAGAAAAUAAAGAAAAGGCAGAUUCGAAAAAAGAUGUUAUUGCGACAAAGCAAAUUAUAACCGAAAAAAAGAAUAUAUCUAUUUCCAUUGAGAAUAGAAAAAGUAGCCAAGAUUCAGGGACGCGACCGAAGACUGUGAAGACGUUUAAUUCUAAAUUCAGAUCUACGGGUCUAGAAGAAGAAGUAAAACCACCACCACCUAGAUCGAAGAAAGUGGCUCCUGUUGUUGAUAAGAAGAUUCUACCUCCGAAAUUACCUUUGAAGAGGCCAUCGCCCAUGAGAGACGUUCCAUUAGUGGAGAGACGUAUGAAGGUAUCAUUGGAUUCACCAACAACCCCACCAAGCGACGAGAAGAAGGGAGGAAUUAAGCUGAUUCCGCCAAAACCUAAACCGAUGAUGCUACAAGAAAGUGACAUGUUCAUGGAUGCUCUCACUGCGUCUACCAAAAGCAAGGAACCAAGGAAACGUAAACGGAGAGCUUCGAUCACAAAAGAUGGGCCGUCAGAAACUAAGAAACAAGAAAUUGUUAAUUCCGAUAAUCGCGAGAGCACGCCACCGCCUUCGCCUUCAAAUGUUGAAGAGAAAUCGCCGGUUGCUCUCAAACCUAAUUUUAAGUUUUAUCAGGACACGCUAGAAAUAGAUGAAGAUAAAGAUCAAAAAGAAAGAGAAAUUGGCGAAGAAGAAUCGAAGAAAGAUAAAGAUCUGAUGCUUGAUGAAGAGAAAGACAAUAGAGACGAUGAUGAUAUUGGAAGUAAUACACCGACACCCGAGGAUGAUGUGGAAGAAAUGAAAGAUGUAGAAUCACCAGAAGAUGCGUCUUCGGUAGUUUCAGAUUCGAUUAAGAAGGAUAGUUCCUAUCCCGAAAUACGAUAUGUAGAUGGACUUAAAAGCGUUCUGCUACUUCAAAAGCGUAAAGGGCCGAAAAAGGUUUUGAAGUGGAAAACAGAUCUAGAAUCUAUACGUUAUUUCGAAUUGGAUGAAACGGAAAGAGUUAACGUAACGAAGACAUUUACCGACAUGAAACAGAUGGAAAAACAAAAUGAGAGGGAAGCAUUCCAGAUGGCCCGAAAAUUAAAUAAUGAAGAUUUAAUGGAAGAGAGAACGAGAUGGAAACCUUUAAUUCCGAUUGAUUUGCCUCCUCCAUUAGUGGACCCCGGGAAGGACAGCAAAGAGAAGGAUAUUCAAUAUGCUCGUGAGAAGGGCAUUCUACAAGCCCUUUAUUUUAAUCGAAGCAUGAUUCCAGAUUCUGCGGCCGAACCUGAUGAAGAACGACACCAUCUACUGACCGAUCCUAAAAUAAUACCAUUAGAAGAUCUCACGGGCAACAAGGAGAGCGAGAAGGACUUCACAGCAAUACCAUGGCCGGAACCCAAACCACAACCACCACAACCAUCAACUGUAACGACGUUCCAUUAUCCGACGACGUAUCCGCACAAUCAACAGAACAUGAUGACACCUAUGGGACCUCAAUCGACAAUGGGCCCCAUGCCGCAAAUGCCGCAACAGAUGAUGCCUCCUACACACAUGGCUCCCAUGACUCAGGAAAUGGCGGGACCAAUGCCAGCCACCGGUGGUGGUGGUUGGAGAACAGGCGAUGGCAAAGUUCUCGUGCCAGACGUUAAUAUAAAUCCAAUGACAAACAUGUCGGGUGGUUUUAAUCAAGGGAUGGAAGGUACUCCCAUGGUACCACCGGGAAUGAUGGGACCACCGCCCAUGUAUAAUCAAGAGGGCUAUGGCAUGAUGUGCCCAGAUGACAUGGGGUACAAUAAUUUUCAAGGUCCGCCCGGACCGAUGUACGGUCCUCCUGGACCUAACUUUCCAGGUCCGAGAGGCGCUCAUAUGCACAAUAGAGGUAGAGGUGGUCCUGGUUGGGGUUAUCGUGGACCUGUUAGAGGUGGUUGGAGAGGUGUCGGCGGAGGUGGAUGGCGAGGAAGUGGAAAACAGCCACCGGUAUCCAAAAAGUGACGAAGCAGAAGAGGAAUGGGAUUACUUGGCAGCGUUUUAAUGAAAUAUUCAUAUUAUUGAUGAUUUACCUAUGGGACUUGUACCGACAAUUUGUCUGGAGAGCAGAUUCGAGUGCACGCGAACAAUGCG